GUUUAUAGAAAAUCGUGAACGGACUUGAACUGACAUUACUUGACGUCUGUAAAUUCGUAAAGUGAUUAUUUGGUACGUGUUUUUAACAAAAUUAAAAAGAUUUUUGUCUGAAAAACGUUUCUGGGAGUUUGGAGAAUUCACGAGAAUAUGAGCGAAUUGAGUCAGGAAGAGAUAAGGCGCAGACGUCUAGCUCGUCUCUCUGCAAGAGACAGUGGCUCUCCUUCGAGUUCUGUAUCUCCUCCAGUGACUCCUAUUUCACAGUCACCUGUUAUGCCAACAAAAUCAGCAAAUCCACCUAUAUUUGAAUCUCAACUCUCCCCAACACAAAAUGCCAAAUUCCAGCCAAACAAUGCAGAAAUGAAAGAAGUCACUAGCGAAGUUCCAAUUGAAGCAGUUUUCAAAGAGCCUAGUAAACCAAUUGAUAUCAAUAUGCCCUCAAGUUCAAAAGUACACUCAAGAGCUCCACCACAAAGAAGUGAUUCAGAAACUAGUUCAAUUCAUAUGGAAGUUGAUGAAGUCAGUGGAUGUGCAGAUAAAAUUGGAGCUAACACAGAUAUUGAUUCAGGAUUUGAAAAUAUGGAGGUUGACGAAUCCGAUGUUCAAAAGAAGGACAUCCAAAAACAAAAAGCAGCGUCCCCUUCCGCCGAGCUGUCGGUCGAGCGACUUCAGAACACGGUCGCACGCGUGCUGCAAUGCUCGUUCAAAGAAGAGUCCGAAACCCGUUUGUACCUGCCGGAGAUCGCCGUUCAUCUCAAAGCGCAUCCGCAAACAUCGAUGAGAGACCUCAUGUCAAAUGCUGUCAUGGAAAUCUUGUUUGUGCUGGUCAAGGGCGAGAACCCUUUCAAGGUCUUGGCACACUACAACUCCGAAAUGUGCGAUACCAGCAGCACCGGGUCGUUUUCUGCUAGCCCGCAGAAUUUGAGUCCCUCUCCUGGAGCUUGUCCGAUUCCCCUUCUGACGAUGAAGAGUACCGAGGAUGCCAAUCAGAGCCCCAUGAAGUUGGCGCUGAAUUUUCUCAUGGAUUCCUACAAUAGGGUUAGCGUGGAGGAGCGGAACCAUCCGAAGAGGUCCAGCGUUCCUCCGUUGAGCGACGUGUUGACCGAGUUGAGAGCCCAAAUUAUACAUUACACGACGUUAAUUGUCCAAGGCCACGUCAUACCUCGCGAAGACCGGUCCGAAUCGCCGCUGCUGCAGCCCAUCCUGCAGCAAUCGCUGCCCAGAGGCUUCCUCACCGAGCUCGUGACGCGCACCCACACCAACGAGCGGCUUUUCUCGGCUGUGUUCAGCCCCGUGCUGCAGGGCCUGUGCGAGAUGAUGCGACACGCGAGCAUCGUUGGCGACGAGCACCGUGUGCCCCUGCAGACGCUGUUCGAACUGGCUGAUAUCCGGUGCGGGGCUCGGCCGAUAUGCAGUCUCAUCGCGAAGCAAAUCCAAUUCAUGCCGACGCCCUGCACACCCGCUCAGGGCCGCGAGAUAACACGCACGUCCUACCUGGGCCCCUUCCUGUGCGUGUCGGUGUUCGCCGAGGACGAGCCGAAGGUGGCCGAGAAGUUCUUCUCGGGCAGCUCGACGGGCGACAAGAGCCUCAUCCAGGUGCUGCAGGCCGAGCUGGAGAACGCCAGAGGGCUGCAGCACCGCAUCUUCCACUACAUGAUGGCGAACCAGGAGAGCAGGGACGCCUGUCUGGCGUAUUUGGGAAAGCUGUUGAAGUACAAUGAGAAAAGGUCACAAAUACAAAUGGAAGAAAGGACAUUGGCUGGCGAUGGGUUCAUGCUCAAUUUGUUGAGUAUCCUGCAAAAUCUGUCGGUCAAAAUCAAACUCGACAAAGUGGACUUCAUUUAUCCCUUCCACCCAGGCACUAUGAUCAAUAUAAAAAACGAUACAAGGCUGAAAUACACAUCUCAGGAAGUCAGCGAUUGGUUGGAAGAGUUCGAGAGGACCCAUGAGCACCAAGUUCCCAACUUUUCCACAAUUUGCUGGUUCUUAACUCUACACUGCCAUCACUUAUCUCUUAUGCCUGCUCUGCAAAAGUACCAGAGAAGGUUGCGUGCCAUUAGAGACCUCCAAAAACUGUUAGACGAAACGGUAGCAGCCGAAGCACAAUGGCGGAACACUCCGUUCGCUAAUAGAAAUAAGCAGUUCAUCAAGAGAUGGAAACAGCAACUGAAGAAAUUGAAUAAAUCCAAAGCAUGCGCGGAUGCUGGCCUGCUCGACAAGAACCUGAUGCGCAGAUCUUUGAUAUUCUAUACGAGCGUGUCCGAAUUUCUCUUGAGUCUGAUGACGAACUCUGCAUCUUGCAGUUCAGUACCUGAUUUGCCACUGCCCGCCACAGCUCCGGCAUUCUCCGCCAUGCCAGAGUGGUAUGUCGAGGAUAUCGCCGAGUUUCUUCUAUUCGCCUUACAGUAUUUUCCGAGUGUAAUCGCCGACAAUAUGGAAGACAGCUUGAUCACCUGGCUGCUGGUGACGAUAUGCUCCUCCAGCAUGGUAAAAAACCCCUACCUAGUUGCCAAAUUAGUCGAAGUAGUGUUCGUUAUCCUGCCGACCAUACAGCCGCGUUGCGAGGUGCUCUACUCGCGCCUCAUGAACCACACCAUUGCGCAGACGCUGCUGCCCAGUUCGCUGAUGAAGUUCUACACGGAAGUGGAGACGACUGGGUCCAGCUCGGAGUUCUACGAUAAGUUUUCCAUUAGAUAUCACAUUAGUUUAAUUAUUAAGAAAAUGUGGUCAUCCCCCGUCCAUCGCCAAGCACUGAUCAACGAAUCUCGCAGCGGCCAGCAAUUCGUCAAGUUCGUCAACAUGCUCAUGAAUGACACUACUUUUUUGCUGGACGAGUCCCUGGAAUCUCUCAAGCGCAUCCAUGAGGUGCAGGAUCUGAUCAGCAACGAGGAGAAGUGGUCGAAGCUGUCUUCCGAGCAGCAGCAAAGCAGGAUGCGGCAGCUGAACGGGGACGAGCGGCAGUGUCGGUCGUACCUGACGCUGGCGCGCGAGACGGUCGACAUGUUCCACUAUCUGACGGUCGAUAUCAAGGAGCCGUUCCUGAAAGCGGAGCUUGUCGAUAGGUUAGCUUCAAUGCUGAACUUCAACUUACAACAACUUUGUGGCAAAAAGUGUAAAGACUUGAAGGUUAGGAACCCGGACAAAUACGGAUGGGAACCACGACGGUUACUGAGUCAAUUAGUUGACAUUUACUUGCAUCUCGAUUGUGAUAAGUUUGCCGAGGCUCUGGCCAAAGAUGAGAGAUCCUUCAGGAAGGAGCUGUUCGAAGACGCGGCCGCCCGCCUCGAGCGCAUCUCCAUCAAGACCCCCGUGCAGAUCGAGCAAUUCCGCUCGUUGGCCGCCAAAGGCUUCCGCGUGCUCGAGACCAACAGGCGGUCGGAGGACUGGCUGGCAGACGCGCCCGACGAGUUCAAGGACCCGCUUAUGGACACGCUGAUGGUCGAUCCGGUGCUGCUGCCCAGCGGCCAGGUGAUGGACAGGGCGGUGAUCAUGCGGCAUUUGCUGAACAGCAACACGGACCCGUUCAAUCGGCAGGUUCUCACCGAGGACAUGCUGAUUCCAGCUGAUGAUUUGAAGGAAAGAAUUCAAAUAUGGAAAACCGAAAAGACGUCAAGACCGAAUUAGACUAGUUAGAGAACUUACCCUAUUUUUUUUUUCAUUGUUUAUUUGAAAGAUUUAUUUAAAUCCUAUAUUGUUUCAAAUGUGAUAAUUAUUCAUUUUUG